AUGUCGCGGCGCAAGCAGCCCCGGCCACGGCACCGCGACGCCGAGGAGCCGGCGCGCGCGGCUUCAGAGCUGCUCAGUGAGGGCCCGAAGGCGGCGGGCUCUCCCCCAGAGGGCAGCAACAGCCGGAGGAGGAGCGCUGUAGACCCCCCUCCAGAGCCCACCCCAGGGGAGAGGGCCUUCAACUGCUGCUAUCCAGGAUGUCACUUCAAAACUGUUCACGGCAUGAAAGAUCUGGACCGCCAUCUAAGAAUCCACACGGGCGACAAGCCCCACAAGUGUGACUUCUGUGACAAGUGCUUCAGCCGCAAGGACAACCUGACCAUGCACAUGCGCUGCCACACGAACAAGAAGCCGCACAAGUGCCACCUGUGCAGCUACGCGGCCGUGGACAGCAGCAGCCUCAAGAAGCACCUGCGCAUCCACUCGGACGAGCGGCCCUACAAGUGCCAGUUGUGCCCCUACGCCAGCCGCAACUCCAGCCAGCUCACCGUGCACCUGCGCUCGCACACCGGGGACACCCCCUUCCAGUGCUGGCUGUGUAGCGCCAAGUUCAAGAUCAGCUCGGACUUGAAGCGUCACAUGAUCGUGCACUCUGGGGAGAAGCCCUUCAAGUGCGAGUUCUGCCACGUGCGCUGCACCAUGAAGGCCAACCUCAAGUCCCACAUCCGCAUCAAACACACCUUCCAGUGCCCGCACUGCGCCUUCCAGGGCCGCGACCGCGCCGACCUCCUGGCGCACAGCCGGCUGCACCAGGCCGACCACCCGGAGAAGUGUCCGCAGUGCAGCUACUCCUGCUCCAGCCCGGCCGCGCUGCGCGUGCACGAGCGCGUGCACUGCAAGGACCGGCCCUUCAAAUGCGACCUCUGCAGCUUCGACACCAAGCGGCCCAGCAGCCUGGCCAAGCACAUGGACAAGAUCCACAGGGACCAGGCGAAGACGGAGAACCACGCGGGGCGGGGAGGGGCGGGGCCUGGAGACCCGGCGGCCGCCGGGACCCACAGGGCCUUCCGCUGCGAGACCUGCGGUGCGGCCUUCGUCAGGGAUGACUCCCUGCGCUGUCACCAGAAGCAGCACAGUGACCAGGGGGACAGCAAGGACGCACAGCUGGUCACCUUCCCCCCAGAGGGCAGCGCCACGGGCCAGCUGGGGGCGCUGGUCUCCGUGGGGCAGCUGGAGGGGCACCUGGAGUCCAGCCACGGCCUCUAGGUGACCACAGGGGCCCAGGCAGAGCUGGGGCCGCAGGGAAGGACCGGCCCCGGUGCUUACGCGUUCUGCGCCGGCCUCAUGCUGCCCGCCCGCGUCUCCCCUGGCCGUCGGAAGGUGGCACCGGGCACGCCAGGCCCUGCCUGGCACACAGAGCUGACUUCCAGCUGCGAAACUGACCCCUCAUCCAGAACAGACUCCUCAGUGAGACGAACACUACGUCUAGAGAGAAGGGCUGAGGCCGCCACGGCGUCCGUCCAGAGUCUGGGGUGCUGGGAAGAGGUCUGGUUCUUAACCUGGGUCGUGCGUGCUCCCAACUGCUCAAUGGACAGACUUGUGUGUGGGCUUU